AAAGACAAUACAUACAACUAAGGAAUAAUACCUUCUCAGAGACAACGACUACGACGACAUUGGGUGCUUUGACGAAAAUAAAUUACAAACUUUAACUUAAAAAAAAACUGAUGCAAGAUGCAAUAACUUGAGAAGGAUUAUAAAUUAUUCGCUCUGCUAAAGUUGCAGACAAAGCAUCACAACGACUUCAGCAAUAACGGUGAGUUCACUUAAUCAGAUCAAUAUUUGUAUGAAAUUUUUCUGUUGCAGAGUUUUUUUUUGUUAUUUUCUGCUUGAAGGAUAAUCAAAGGAUCCACAAUGCCACCUUUAAGUUCCAUUAUCUUUGUUGGAUUGAUCUCACUUGCAGUGGUAGUUGUGGCAUUCGAAUUCCCAUCAGAUAAAAGGAAUAGCAACAACAACUAUCGGUCUGUAUCGCCACCAUCAAAGCCACAACCUACGACUUUAAAGCCCAAAUUAAUUCGAACUGAGUUACGUGUGAGCAGAAAUUUAAAUUUUGAUGAUACUGAGGUAAUCAAUGUGCGAGGCAACAAUGGUGAAAUGACUCAACUGCUCGUAAAAAAGAGACCUAGAAAUGCAGACAGCUUUGGUCAGCCUAUUAGUGAUUCAAUCAAUAGAUACUUCAAACGUGCCGUGGACAAUAAUGACAGCUUGAAACUUUUCAACCUGCCACUUAUUCUAAAUGCGGCCAUUAAGACUGGAGACAAUAAGGAUUACCAUAAUCAUCGACCAGAAGAGGAAAGUACAUUUGGUCGAACAGCACAAAACUUUUUCUACAACAUUAUGGGAAACAUUCCUGAAUCCAUAGCCAAGUCAACAUUAGGUCUCAUUGAGAAAAACAAUCAACCUGAGAAAACAUCCAUAAAUCAACCAAAAAGUGAGGAUAGCCAAGUUUUGUUCAAGCCAGAAGAGAUUCCUGUUAUUGAAGGAGUUCGUGUGCCAGACGAUGAAGAGGACAAGGUCAAGGUUUGGCGAAAUGCCAGAGUGAUUAAAAACGAACUAGUUCCAUAUAAGAGUGGUUAUCGACCUCCACGAGCUAGACCAAUCCAUUUGCUAGAUAUGCCAGAAACUGAUAAAAUGACGCGUCGAGCGGGUCGGGCAGGAUUGGGACCAUUUUUUGUGUCUGACAAUAUCGAAAAUGUCCAUGCUGAGUUCAAACGGGCCAAAGGUCCUUUUUUUGCGGUCGAUAACAUUCGAAAUAACGACUUGUUCGUAAAUCCUCAAGCUAGUUCCUAUGAAUCGAAUCAAUUUAGAAAUUUUGGUAAUGAGGAUACAGUUUUCAAAGCCCGUGAGCCAGUUCGAGAGUACUCUAAUCCAGAUGUGGGAGUGAAAAAGGUGAAUUUGUAUGAGGGAUAUGCAAACACUUACAACGUUCAGGAUGUCAAUCGCAGAGGACAACUCUAUGAAAAGGUUCCAACGAAGCAAGCCCAUUUCUAUAAUGAACCGGAACCAAAAAAAGUUCAAUAUUAUACAAAUUUAAAAAGAAGCAGUUGGAAUGAUGUAAGAGCAUCAGCUCAACAACAGCAAGCUUAUACAAAUAGAAAUAACAACGGAAACAGUUAUGAGUUAAUCUACAACGAGCCAUAUCAAUUCAAUAGCAGAUGGGGAAUAACGCAAUAAUAAAAAAAAAGUUUUGAGUGUGUUCCA